GUCCCCUCCCCCGCUGGCGGGGCCAGGAGGGAAGAUGGUGCAGAAGAGAACAGCCGAACUUCAGGGCUUCCAUCAUUCGUUCACGGGGCAGAAUCCUUUCGAGCUGGCCUUCUCCUUAGACCCCACCCAGCACAGGGACGCUGAAUUCAGCCCACAGCGUGAGGCCCGACCUGACAUGCCUUCCAGCCAGCCGAUUGACAUCCCAGAUGCCAAGAAGAGAGGUCGGAAGAAGAAACGCUGCCGGGCCACUGACAGUUUCUCAGGCAGGUUCGAAGAUGUCUACCAGCUGCAGGAGGAUGUGCUGGGGGAAGGGGCCCAUGCCCGUGUGCAGACUUGUGUCAAUCUGAUCACCAACCAGGAGUAUGCUGUCAAGAUCAUCGAGAAGCAGCUGGGCCACAUCCGCAGCAGGGUGUUCCGGGAGGUGGAGAUGCUGUACCAGUGCCAGGGACAUAGGAACGUCCUGGAGCUGAUUGAGUUCUUUGAGGAGGAAGACCGCUUCUACCUGGUGUUUGAGAAGAUGCGGGGGGGGUCCAUCCUGAGCCACAUCCACAGGAGACGCCACUUUAACGAGCUGGAGGCCAGUGUGGUGGUGCAGGACGUGGCCAGUGCCCUGGACUUCCUGCAUAACAAAGGCAUCGCCCACAGGGAUCUAAAGCCAGAGAACAUUCUCUGUGAGCACCCCAACCAGGUCUCGCCAGUGAAGAUCUGCGACUUUGACCUGGGCAGUGGCAUCAAACUCAACGGAGACUGCUCUCCCAUCUCCACGCCUGAGCUGCUCACCCCGUGUGGGUCAGCAGAGUACAUGGCCCCAGAGGUGGUGGAGGCCUUCAGUGAGGAGGCCAGCAUCUAUGACAAGCGCUGCGACCUGUGGAGCCUGGGCGUCAUCCUCUACAUCCUGCUCAGUGGCUACCCGCCCUUCGUGGGCCACUGUGGCAGUGACUGUGGCUGGGACCGAGGGGAGGCCUGCCCAGCCUGCCAGAACAUGCUGUUUGAGAGCAUCCAGGAGGGGAAGUACGAGUUCCCUGACAAGGACUGGGCCCAUAUCUCCUUCGCCGCCAAAGACCUCAUCUCCAAGCUGCUGGUCCGAGAUGCCAAGCAGAGGCUGAGUGCUGCCCAAGUCCUGCAGCACCCGUGGGUGCAGGGGUGCGCCCCAGAGAACACCCUCCCGACCCCCUUGGUUCUGCAGAGGAACAGCUGUGCCAAAGACCUCACAUCCUUCGCCGCUGAGGCCAUCGCCAUGAACCGGCAGCUGGCCCAGUGUGAGGAGGACGCUGGGCAGGACCAGCCCGUGGUCAUCCGAGCUACCUCACGCUGCCUGCAGCUGUCCCCACCCUCCCAGUCCAAGCUGGCCCAGCGGCGACAGAGGGCAAGCCUCUCUGGCACCCCCGUGGUCCUUGUGGGGGACCGUGUGUGACCCCCACCAGCCCCUUGUACAUACGCCCCUGCCCUGCAGGGCCUGAAGGCUAGGGAUCUGGGUACCCCGCCCCUUGCCAUCCCAGGCACCAGUUCACCUGGGUCCUGCUAGGGGCUGCUGGGCUCUGUUGGGAGGUGUUUUCUUCUCCCUGUCCUCAGCCCCACCCCUGCCUGUUUGGCUUUGUUUUGUUUUGUUUUCCUUUUACCACUAUUGAAAGCAAGUGCCCAGGAGGAAGGCGGAGGGUUUGGGCCACUCAGCCUGCACCCCACGAUGCUCGCCUGUCAACUGUGAAGGCCACCUGCGCCCCCACCUCCACUCCAGCCACUCUGCUGUCUUCCAGGGUUGGGGAUCCCGCAGGGUCACCUCUUCCUAGCCCUCAGUAUUGUCAGGGACAGGCCCUCCUGGUGAGCACAGUGGCCCUUUUGUCUUUCCCCACCAGAGCACUCUUGGGUCUGGGGCAGGGGAUUCCACUGUCUUGGAUAGAGACCUCUGGAGGUUGGGUGGAUGGGGACGCACCUGGUUGAUUCCCUGUCCCCAUCACCUACCUGCCUGUCCCUUGGAGGGUUGACAAUCAGAAUCUCCUCCCAGGCUGCUUAGCUCCUUGCGCUGGGACAGGCCUGAUACCAGUCCCACCUCCCAGGGGCAAAGCUGGAGGACGACCCUGCACCCAGCUAGCUCCACCAAGGCAGGAGAGGUGCUGGACAAGGAGCCCAUCAGCAAAUAAUGGGGUUCCCACAUGACUCCCCACCUGGGCACCUGAGUGCCCCUUCUCAGGGCUCAGCCUGGCCAUGGCCAUGUCCUGCCCUAUGCUGCCCCUGGGUCUGGAGUUCAUGAGUUCCUGGCUACCUUCUGUUACCCAGAGCUGCAGCCACACCCAGAGGCCCCUCACCUUCCCUCUGCCCCCAGGGCAGCAACUUGGGUGUGCCUACCUUCAGGAAAGGGGCAAAAGCUGCCUUGGCCUCUCUCGGGUUACCCAAGACAGGCUGGGAAAGCACUGGGUGGCCCUGCAGUGCUCCAGGCCUGGGGACUGUUUCUAGCCACGAGCUACUAUGCAAUACGAGUUCCCAUUUCCUCCGUGGCCCUGCUGGACGGGGGCGGCUUUGGGGGCCACACCACCCCGCCUGCAAUUCCUCUGCUCAGGUGUCUCCAGGGCAGCCCCUGGCCUCAAAACUCCUUGGUCAAGAUUGUUAAGUUUAGUUUAGACUUUUUUAAAAAAAAUAAUAAUAAUUUGACUUGCUUCCCUGUUAUUGAAGAGUACUUGAAUGUUGGGGUCUGGUGGGUGGGGACCUGGGACACCCACUGCCCAGCACCCUCCACCCUCCUCCUUAGUCCCAUAGGAUUGUCACAGUAGGGGAGGUGACAUGCCUUCAGUCCUGCCUGCCUCUGGACACAAUUCCAAAGACCCCCUGGAGGGAGGAGGGCUCCCUGGCUCCUCAGUUCUCACCCACCAGCAUGAUCCAGCUGUUGGGCACCCGAGGACUUGCCCCUGCAGGUUCUUGAAGCAGCCUGACUGGGCAGUGAGCAGCAUUGAUCCCUCCCCCAAGCAGGGCUGUCAUUUCCUUGCUGUCUUCCAUGCCCGACCUGGAGGAUGGGUCAAGACCCCUAACUGUGAAUGAGAGACAAUCCUGGGGUGGCUUGGCCACAAACCAUGCUGAAUUCUGUAAAAAGAAAGAAAAGCCUGUUUUAGAUUUGGGGACAUGCAAGCACUUUCAACUCCAUCCUACCAGGUGAAAAGACCGCUACAGACUUUUCCCACCAACUGUCAACGCCAGGAUUUUGUAUUCUGUUUUGUAAGGAUUUAAUAAAAGUCAUUUAAAAAUCUC